AUCCGAAAAGAACUCCCCCUCCGCUGCGUUCCCAAAUCCCAACUUCUGUCUUCGUCUUCCAAUCCGUCGCUGCUCGAGUCGUCGGCUGCGGCGGCGGCGGCGAUGAAUCCUCUGACGCAGGUGAAGCGGACGCAGGUGAUCAACCAGAAGGAGGCGCUCCUGGGAAUCGGCGAGGGCGCGUCGUGGCACGCCAAGUUCAAGGACUCCGCCUACGUCUUCGUCGGCGGCAUCCCCUUUGACCUCACGGAGGGCGACCUCCUCGCCGUCUUCUCGCAGUACGGCGAGGUGGUCGACGUGAACCUCGUGCGCGACAAGGGCACCGGAAAAUCCAAGGGCUUCGCCUUCCUCGCGUACGAGGACCAGAGGAGCACGAUUCUUGCAGUCGAUAAUUUGAAUGGAGCAAAACUUCUUGGGAGGAUCGUAAGGGUUGACCAUGUGAGCAAGUACAAGAAGAAGGAGGAGGAAGAUGAGGAGGAGGAGCAGCAGAAGAGGGAGGCCCGCGGAGUCUGCUAUGCUUUCCAGAAAGGCGAGUGCAACCGCGGAGCUUCCUGCAGAUAUUCCCAUGACGAGCAGAGAAAUGCAAACACUGGUUGGGGUUCUAAAGAGGAUAGCAGCGCAAGAUGGGAGCACGACAAAAACCGUGAUCCACCAAAGAGCCACAAAAAGUUCCCCUCAGGUGCUACGGAGGAGGAAGAUGAGGAGCAGCAGCAGAAGAAAAGAGAGGCUCGUGGCAUGUGCUAUGCAUUCCAGAAAGGCGAGUGCAACCGUGGAGCUUCCUGCAGGUUUUCCCAUGAUGAACAGAGGAGUGCAUACACUCGUUGGAGUUCUAGGGAUGGUGAAUCUUCAAGAUCAGAGCAGUAUAGGGAUCGAGAUUCUAGAACUAGGCAUAAUGAUAGAAGAGCAGAAGAUCAGGACAGACACAGGCAUGAUAAAUCACCUGAGAGACCGAGAGGUGAGAGGCAGAGAAACGAUGACAGAUAUGUUCAAGGAAGAGAAGAAAAAUCAGAAAGACGAAAGUAUGAUGUUGAGCAUGACGACAUAGAUCGCAAGCGGUCAAGGUACAGCAAACAUAAUGAACAUGGUGGAAGAAGAGGGUGACAGACCGUGGGGAUAGAUGUUUGUAGUUUACUUCUUGACAAUAUGAUAAGCUUUGUCUAUUUUUUUUUAUAUUUGAUCUUAGAUGCCUUCGAUUGGUUACUUCUGCUGUUGCUUUCUUUUGAAAAGUUUUUUAAUAUGCUAGCCGAUGGAUGUGUCUGCAUGAUAUUAAUUCGAUCCUUUUUGUAA